AUGGAUCCAUCGACUCCGCUAACUGUCGCCCGUGGCACGCUCAUUACAUCCGCAAUGACUGGAAGUCUUGCAGGCAUAUACGGCGUGUUUACACGCCAUACCCAUGUAGGGCCUCUCGUCGUGUCCGCUGCUAUCAAUGGGGGGAUCGCUGGCGCGACAUUCUUUAGUUUCCGCGAAUAUGUUGUCAGCAAUCUCCUGCUUUCUGCUUUGCCAACGACAUCAUACUACAGGCGGAUUCGCGAGGCCCAUACAAGGCUACAGACACAGGGUAAUUCAGGAGAGAAGCUCACCUUCUGGGAUAUGAGGGCUUACAAGGUACCUGAAACGGCGAUCAGUAGUGCAUUCACAGGCGGUCUGCUGAACGCGUGGAAACGCGGUCCAUCAGGUAUUGCGCCCGGGAUUACAACGGCAGCCAUUGUUUGCACCGCUCUGCAACUGGCAUACAACGAGCUCGGCAUUGCAAGAAUCAAGUAUGUAUCCAAGACUCUGCAAGCGUCACAAAAACCACAUUUGUCGGAAACCUCUCCUUCUCAGGAGUUGUCUAGCUCUAAACCACACAAGCCAGUGGCAGAGCGUGUUCUUUCCAUGCUUGGAUUCCACAGAAUGUCGGACACCGAGUACCUGGACAGUUUGAAACAAAAGCGAGACAGAUACUUGCGCAGGAUCGCCGAGUUGGAGGAGGAAAGGGACAGUGAAAAGGGCCAAGACCCACCAAAUCCACCGAGUACGUAG